AUGUUAAACCGUUUAACCAGAUUGGAAAAAUUAAAUAUAAAUCAAAUUUCUUUUCGAGUAUUUUUUCCGUCAGAAAAUAUAAGUCGUAGAGAUUCAUCACCCUCCAUUAGAGUUAUGUUUGUAAAUUCUGCAUCGUUACGUAUCAUUGUCGUUAGAGUAUCUUUGAUAGAGAGAUUUAAAAAAAUAGUGGCUAGUGAAGAUUUUUUGCCCUUAAAAAAAUGUUUUUUGCCAAGUGCUUUUAUCCAAGCAGAAAAAGAUGAAAAUCGAUUUU